AUGCCUUGCGGCAUUUGCGGCCAACACACACACUGUACUUGUUGGGUCUAUUUUGAGCGGAACACGAGCAACAAUCUACGUGCUGGAUCGCUCGACAUUCCCGUCGAGCAAGCGAUCAUGUAUACAGGACAAGCGGACGGCCUAUACAUGGGGCAAGACUUGGCCGUUGAUACGCAGAUGUACUCCGCGACCCUGCUGAAUGACGGCUUUCCGAUGGGACUGGAGCAGACGGACUGGAUCAACGGGAAUUAUGGCUUUCCGACACUACCAUGGACGACUAACUACGAUAACUUCGAUUUGCCCAUCAUCGGUCAUGAUACUUCCUCAUUCAUUACCAAUACCGACUUCUCGAUCAACACAUUGUCGACAGACCCAAAUAGCCUGCAGUGUAAAUACUGUCCCAAGCUUUUUGCCAUGCCCAGUAAACGCCGGGACCAUGAGAAGUGUCACACACGACCACACCCAUGCCUACUAGGUCCAUGUACAGAAGCAUUCGCAACGAAUCGGGAUCUCGAGCGGCACGCACUGACACAUACCUCCGAUCAACCCUAUGCCUGCACUGUAUGCGGCAAACGCACAAAUCGACGAGAUAGCAUGACCAGACACUUCGAACUCAAUCACAUGGUUGUUGGAUCUGCGGCCGUGCCGCCUACCCCUGGCAGCCAUGGUAGACCCAAGACCAAGUCGAACGCCACCAGUACAGGUCACUCGAAGGCCACCUCGACGACCACCAGCGACCCGAGUACCCGCUCUAGCCAAGCUAGCAUCGAGAGCCCAUCACCUCCGAGAAUGCUAUCGCAGAGAACUGGGACACGGCCGCCGAACGAUGCUAUGUCGCCCUGGUCGAAACGACCAUAG